UAUUUAUUCAACACACACGUAAACGUUAAAACCAAAACCUACACAACACAAACACAUUCAUAUUUUUCUUCAUAACACAAAAAAACAUCAUCAUGUGUCCAUCUGACCGCAACCUCCGCCCACAACCUACCGCAACCGAUUUUCGACCGGCAUUCGACAUUCUUGACACCGAUUGCGAUGGCAAAAUAAGCCGUGAUGACCUCCGUUCGUUCUACACCACCGUGACAGGUGGUGUGAACGGAGGAGACGAUGCAAUCCGUGCCAUGAUGUCGGUGGCGGACACCAACAAGGAUGGAUUCGUGGAGUACGAGGAAUUCGAGCGGGUGGUUAGCGGAAACAACGGAGAAAAGAGACCGUUGGGAUGUGGGGCCAUGGAAGAUGUGUUCAAGGUGAUGGAUAGAGAUGGUGAUGGUAAGCUUAGUCAUGGAGAUUUGAAGAAUUAUAUGGCUUGGGCUGGUUUUGCUGCUUCCGAUGAAGAGAUUAAUGCUAUGAUUAAGCUUGGUGGUGGUGAUCAAAACGGUGGCGUUAGCUUCGAUGGUUUGAUUCGUUUAUUAGCUCUUGAUCAUUUUGUACCAGCUAAUUAAUUUCAUUUCAUUUCAUGUGUGACUCAAUGAUUUUUGAAAAACCCCUUUUUGAUUUUGAUCAUAGGGAGGUGUAUUGUGUUUGUUGUGCGAUAGGAUGUGAAAUUGUUGAGGAAUGUAUUCCGAAUGAAUGAAUUUUGCUCUUAAUUGCUUCAAUUUGAGAUGAAAUUUCAGA